AUGAAAAACUUGAAUGAAAAGAUGAGAGAAGAUCUCUUAGAUACACAAAUAAAAUCAAAUAUUGAGAACUUAGUUUUUUAUAACAUUCCUGAAAAAGAAGAUGAAGAUUGUCUAGAAGAAUCCUUGAUAUUCUGUGAAAAAAACUUAAAAAUGCCAAAUAUGCGUGAAUCAAUCCAAAUACUGAAAGCCAAUAGAAUGGGUAACAAAGGUGAGAGGAUCCGUCCAAUUCUGGUCAAAUUUGGUAGCUAUAAACAACGUGAGGAAGUGAGAAAAAAUGGUAGAAACCUAAAAGACACCAAUUUUGGAAUUUCAGAACAAUUGCCAGGUGAAAUACAAAAACGAAGAAAAACUCUUCUACCUGAACUUAAAAAACUGCGCGAUGCAGGACAUAAAGCUUAUUUUAUGAGAGACAAGAUACAUGUUGGUGGCAAAGAAUACAAAAAAUAG